CACGCUCCGGCACAGGGGCGGACCGGGCGCUCCCGGCAGGUUCCGACCCGCGCUGGCCCGGGAUGCUGCCGGCAUGAGGAGGUGCUGCCAGGCCCUGGGGCUGCCGUGCCUGUCUAAGGGCUCGGCCAUGGCGGGAGCGCGCUCGCCGCGGUUCCUGCUGGUGUUCGACUUCGACGAGACCAUCGUGGACGAGAACAGCGACGAUUCGGUGCUGCGGGGCCGGGCGCUGCCGGCGGCGCUGCGGCAGAGCCCCCGCGGCUCCUACAACGAGCACAUGCAGCGCGUCCUGGCCUUCCUGGGCGAGCAGGGCGUGCGCCCCGCCGACUUCAGGGCCGUCUACGAGAACAUCCCGCUGGCCCCCGGCGUGGCCGAGCUCUUCCAGUUCCUCUCCAAGCACCGCGAGCUCUUCGAGCUGGUGCUCAUCUCCGACGCCAACGUGUUCGGCGUGGAGGCCAAGCUGCGGGCGGCCGGCGUGCGCUCGCUNNGCCGCAAGGUCUUCAGCAACCCGGCCGGCGUCGACCGCCGCGGUUUCCUCACGCUGGGGCCCUACCACAGCCACAAGUGCCUCGAGUGCCCGGCCAACAUGUGCAAGAGGAAGAUCCUGAGCGAGUACCUGGCGGAGAGGGCGAGGGAGGACGUGGAGUUCCAGCGCGUCUUCUACGUGGGGGAUGGUGCCAAUGAUUUCUGUCCCUCGGGGAUGCUGAGGGCGGCGGACGUGGCUUUCCCCAGGAAGGGUUACCCCAUGCACAGGCUGAUCCAGGAGAGCCGGGAGAAGCAGCCCGGAGCUUUCCAGGCGGCCGUGGUGCCGUGGGAGUCGGGCGUGGAGGUGGCGCGGUACCUGCAGGAGCUGCUCAGGAGGAAAUGCUGAGGGAAGGCAGCUCCUGGGAUCUCCCCCCGCCUUUCCCGGCUCCGUUCCCUGGGGAAUAAAGCACUUUCCGCGGGCUCCUGGCCCUGCCCGGCCGCGGCACGGCCGGACCCUGCUCCGGCGCUGGGGGUGCCGCGCUGCAGCUGUUGCUUCCUUUCCCUUUUGGCCUCGAAAGAGAAUUCCCGAAAAUCCAGAAGCCGGCUCCCCGCGGGCCGGGCACGUCCCUGCUCCUGCCGUCCCCACCCCGGCCCUGGAUCCUCCCCCCUUCCUGAUCCCACCGGGAAUUCCGGCUGGGAAAUCCCUGGCCCUGGGCUCCCUCCCGCUUCCUGAAGGGGGAUCCCACUGGGGGAUCGUCCCGGGCUGCGGUGUCCCCGUGGUGUCCCCACAGUGUCCCCACAGUGUCCCCGUGGUGUCCCCAUGGUUCCCAUGGUGUCCCCAUGGUGUCCCCGUGUCCCCCCCUGCCCUGGGCACCUGAGCGGUGCCAAAAUCCCCCGGGUCGGUUCCGUGGCACUUCUGACACCGGGUCCCCAGGGACCAAACCCGGUCUGUGUCCCCCUCCCCACCGCAGUAUUAAUUACCCCUUAAUUACCCUUUCUAAUUGCACUCUGCAGGGGGACCUCCAGGCCCCGCUGCUCUCUGGGGCUGGCUCCUCCUGGAUUUAUCCCGGAUUUAUCCUGGGUUUAUCCACAGCCUUACCGGCCCCCGGGGGUGGCCCUGACUCCCCCAAACCCUCGGAACCCCCAAACCCCAGCAGGAAAUAACCAAAGCAGCCCUGAGCUCUUCCUCCUCCCUCCUCCUCCUCCCUCCUCCUCCUCCUUGGACUGUGUGGAACUCAAAGCCAUG